AUGGAGGUGGAGGAGAUUCAAGCCCAAGCCUGUAAGUUCCCAAGAAUUGGAAAUGGCAGCAGCAGAGCCACUAACCCAGUUGCCAACGACGAAGAUCAAGACCCAUUGUGCCUAGCCCUCAAGAGGGCUGCCACUGCAGACGCCGGCAACUGCUUCCGCGGGUGGCACUACUCCCGCAUCAUCCGCGUCUCGAGGGCCUCCAGCGACAAAGAUAGGCACAUCAAGAUGUGGACUUCAAAGGGGCUCAGAGAUCCAUCGCCCCGCCCCAUCCCCACGCGAGAUCCACCCCUAGACCGCCACCCAACGCCACCAUACAUACAACCACCCCAUCCUCACCCGAAACUGAUGCUGGUUUGGGUCUGA